CGAAGGUAUGUGGUGGUUCUACUUUCUAUUCGAGUAAUAUCGACUAACCGACUACAAAAGACGACCAUAAUAUAGCAACUACGACCAAUCGUCGUAAUAAUAAUCAACGAAAUGGCCGACAACAUCAAACGCUUGCAUCAGUAAUUGAUACAUUUUUAACAUCAGAUACCCAAAGUUCUAAUGAGCCAGUAAGGGAGGCGUAUACAAGUGCGUUGAGGUUAAUGAACGAUGAAGAAGGUUCAUCAAUGGCAUCAAGAUUACUUGAACUAAUCCAAGAUCGAUCUGACGAGGAUUUUGGGCUUUUCAAUAAAGAGGAGGCUGGAGUAUCACAAGAGUUCUUGGAUUCUUUACCAAGAGUUAAAGUCAAUGAUUUAGAAAAUAAGGAUACAGCAGAUUGUUCUAUAUGUACAAAUAGAUUUAUUGAUGACGAUUAUCCAUUGGUUGUUCGUUUACCAUGUGAUGCACAAACUGUUGUUAGUGGGAAAAAGGCUAAAGGUCAUAUUUUUGAUUUGGAAUGUAUUGCACCUUGGUUGAAAGUGAGUCCUACAUGUCCAUUAUGUAGAUUUGAUGUACUUAAGGCGGAUAAAAGAAGAAGAGAAAAAUUAGAAGAAGAAUUGAAAAAAGCACAAGAAGAGGAUGAGGAGGAAGAAGACGACGAUUGGGAUGUUUACGGUUAGAC